AUGGCGCUCUCCAAUCUUCCCCUGAAUCCACCUCUUUAUCCAUCUCCCUCCAAUCUUCAUCCCCCCUCCCUUCCUCUCCGAUUCAAAUCCCUAACCAUCCAUAUCGCUACCUCCUUCAGCUCCCGGCUUCUGAAACUGCGAACUGUAACGAGAGCAGUCGAAGAGAGCCAGGAGGAGCAAACGGAAUCGGAGCAAUUGAAUGACUUCAGGGCGGCGGCAACGCCGACCGAGAAAGAGGAGCAGAGCGAUUUGGGAGAAGAGAUAAGGCAGGCGAUGAUGGAGAGGAAGAAAGCGGAAGGCAGCGCCGGUGGCGGCGGGGAUCUGUGGAGCGGAGUGGCGGAGGAGAUUCGAGAGAUAGAGUGGCCGUCCUUCGGUAAAGUUUUGGGAACCACCGGCGUGGUGCUGGGCGUCAUUGCUGGCUCCAGCGUCGCUUUGCUCACCGUCAAUGCCUUGCUGGCCGAGCUCUCCGAUAAGGUGUUCGCCGGUAGAGGCGUUCAGGAUUUCUUCAGCUAA